UUACAAGGAAACGAAGAAAAAUCUUCCCACAGGAAAGACAAGUUAAAAAGCGCUUUUAAAACAAAACCAAAGGAUCUCUUCAAAGGAGAGGGAAAAAGAACCUGCCCAGACACACCACGGUAGUUUUCUGCAAUCAUUCUGAUGCUUGCACUCCCACCACACGUCACAGAGUGAAAGAACUUCUAGACGCUGAUGAUGAGGAACCAGUUUUCAUUUUCUCUUCCCAAAAAAUGGCAUCGAUGGCAGUAUCAGUUUUGGUAUCUGAGCCUGUCAAGGGCAACCACCUGCCACGAUUAUAUGAUGAGAGACACCUUUCCCCCCUCCUCAAGAAGCGUCUUGCGCUAAGGCAGCUCAAGCAGAUUCAUGCCAAGCUGCUCCGCGGCGGCCUAAACCAAGACGUCGUUUUGGUCACCAAGAUGGUGGGAGCCUGUGCUGUUUCAGGCGCCAUGGACUACGCAUACCUUCUUUUCAGAGGCACCCAACAUCCUGACCUCGUCCUCUGCAACGCCAUGCUUAAGGGCUAUACUCAGAACGGCUUCAUGAAGGAGGCCCUCCAUUUCUAUGUCCACGUCCUGGAAGGAGGAUUCUUCUUCCCCGACCAGUACACCUUGCCUUAUGUUUUCAAGGCCUGUGCUGCCCUGUUGGCUGUCACGGCUGGGCGGGCGGUUCACGCCAUGUCGGUGAAGAGCGGCCUUGCUGGUGAUGCUUUUGUGGGGAAUUCGUUGGUUGAUUUUUACGCGAAAUGCGGGGAUGUGGACUCCGCUUUGUGUGCUUUUUGCAGGAUCGAAGAGCCUAAUCCGAUUUCGUGGAAUAUUUUGAUUGGAAGUUUCGUGAGUAGUGGAGAUAUGGUGAGCGCACGCAAGUUGUUUGAUGAAAUGCCGGAGAGAGAUGUUGCUUCUUGGAAUACCAUGUUGAGUGGUUAUGCUAAGGCAGGUGAUUUGGUGGAGGCACGCCGGGUGUUUGAGCAAAUGCCUGAAAGGAAUUUGGUGUCUUGGAAUGCCAUGAUUGCAGCAUAUGCACAAAAUGGAAAGGGUGAGCAUGCUUUGAUGGUGUUUUCACAGAUGGUGGGGUCGAGCGUCAGCCCAGGAGUGGCUACCAUGUUAACAGUUAUGUCAAUUGUGUCCAACAUGUCAAAUUCAGACAAUGUGAAUUGGGUAGUAGAUCUUGCUGCGAGAUCAGAAUUUGCUAACUCAGUGUCAAUUUUGACUGCCAUUGUUAAUCUUCAUGCUAAAUUUGGGAGGAUCGAUGAUGCCUACCGUGUGUUUAGUGGGAUCCAUGAUAAGGAUACUGUAUGUUAUAAUGCAAUGAUAGGCGGAUUCACACAGAAUCAAGAGCCCAGUAGGGCAUUAGAGUUGUUUCGACGAAUGCAAUCAGAAGCCAUCGAGCCAGAUGCCAUGACUAUGGUGAGUGUGCUUUCAGCGUGUGCUCAGCUGGGUGCAUUGGGCUUAGGUGAAUGGGUUCAUAACUAUGUCGAAAGAAAUGGGAUACCUAUGGAUGUUUACUUGGGGACUGCAUUAGUUGAUAUGUAUGCAAGAUGUGGAGACGUAGAUAGUUCGUGGAGAGUGUUUAUUAAGAUGCCACAAAGAGAUGUGGCUACUUGGAAUGCCAUGAUAAGAGGUUUAGCUAUGCAUGGGCAUGGCAAUGGGGCUCUGCAACUAUUCUUACAGAUGGAGAUUGAAGGUUAUUCUCCGAAUUACAUCACAUUUGUGGCGUUAUUGAGUGCAUGCAGCCAUGAGGGCUUGGUGUCUCAUGGUUUCAGUAUUUUCAACUCCAUGAAAGCUAAAUAUGGAAUUAUGCCCGGGAUAGAACAUUAUGGUUGCAUGGUUGAUCUCCUGGGCCGUGCCAAGCAUCUUGCUGAAGCUCGAGAGUUCAUAGAGAAAAUGCCAAUUGAGCCUGAUUCAGCCAUAUGGGCAGCAUUGUUAAGUGCUUGUAGAUUUCACCAGAACCUUGAGCUAGCCAAAGAAGCAACAGAAAAGCUCAUCGCCUUGAACCCAAGCCAUGAUGGUAAUUAUGUCCUCUUGUCGAACAUCUAUGCCAAGGCUGGCAAAUGGGAAGAUGUUGCUAGAAUGAGAGAAAGCAUGAGAUCUCAAGGUGUUAGGAAGACACCCGGUUGUAGUGCAGUAGAAAUAGGGGAUUCUGUUUAUGAAUUCACUGCUGGGGACAGGUCACACCCGCAGUGGGCCGAGAUCUAUGCAAAGUGGAAUGAAUUGGCUAAACAGCUGAAGCCGAUGGGAUACUCACCUGAUACAGGAACUGUUUUAAGAGGCAUUCUAGAUGAGGAAGAAAAAGAACAGGCGUUGUAUAGGCAUAGUGAGAAGUUGGCAGUCUCUUUUGCGCUUAUCACCACCAAGCCUGGAACACCCAUUAGAAUAGUGAAGAACCUUAGAAUAUGUGUUGAUUGUCAUCGAGCUUUUGAGCUUAUUUCUUUGCUUCUUGGCAGAGAAAUAACAAUAAGAGAUCGCAAUCGUUUUCACCAUUUUAGAGAAGGUCAUUGUUCAUGUAGAGGAUAUUGGUAGAUUCAAUUGAUUCUAGCCUUACCCACCAGAAUGUGGUCAGCAAACCAAAAGCUUCGUUAACUGCACUACUUUGAUGAUGCUCAUACGCUAUCAUGUCACUUGCUCCAUUCAAUUUCU